AUGCGUCACGUCCGACUUUUCUUUUUUGCGCUGUAGCAUGCGGCUACUUUUGUAGUGUGAGUGUACUCUUAAUGUUUCUUUUGAUAUGUAGCGUCUUUUCCUUUGCUCUGGUGUUGCUCUGGUGGCCCUCCGUGCUGCAGUUGUGGGUUAUGUGACUGCUCAUCGUUCAGGCAUGGUUCCUUACAUCCUAUUGUGCAAGCGGGUGAAAUGACUGAACCUGUAAAUACACGUGAGGUAUAAUCUCUUCUGGUAGGUGCUUCACGCACAGCCUUAAUUUUGAGGGGGGGUUACUAAUAUUAGUAUUAAUUUUUCCGUUUUGUGUUUUCUUUAGGAUUCUCCCUGUCGUUCUAUCGUCACUGUUUGCUGCUGUAUCGUCUCUUCGCGCUGCUAAGAUCUGUCGCGUUGUAAUGUGUCGCUGCCUGGACGCCGUUAUCACCGCUGCUUAAAGGGAACCGCUCUCGUUUGGAUACCAUACGCUCUUAGAGCCCGGUUUUAUUUUUCUCUACGUUUGUAGAGAACUAAUGCGUUGCUCUUUAUGAGCUGUUUCUUUAGUUCUCUUUAUUUUUGUUUCUUUAAGUUAUUUGUGUGUGUAUAUAUAUAUAUAUAAAUUAUUAGUAUUAGUAUUAGUAGUAGUAGUAGUAGUUUUGGUUUGUGUUCAUGUUUCAUUGACUGAGUUGCCCGCGUGGCUCAUGUGACCAACCUGAAAUCUUCUGGAUGUGACAUUACGAGUAUUCUUAUUGUAGCUUGUUUUGUUCAUGUGACCAAUUAUCGGCAAUCCGGAGCUGUUUGAGGGUCGCAUGUGGGUAACUAGUAAAUUAACCUGAUUAUUUUUGAUUGUUUUAUAAUUAAAGAGGUUUUUGUCAUUAGUUAUUUAUGCUUAAUUGUUUUAAGUUGAUUGGUUGUGUUGUACUUGGCAAAGCAAUCCUCAAGUCCGCGUGUUCAAUCACUCAGGAGAGUAGAAAUUCUCCUCUAAAGAUUUAUUCAGUCAAACACCACAUGAAUAAAGCAUACAGAGCUCUGGGUUCGUCUGUUCCUAGUUACACAAAACUACUCGAGUCUUGUGUCAGGAACUCUGCCCUGCUCGUCUCUCCUCAACCCAGUAUUUAUAAACGGACACAAAACAAGUUCAGUUUUCGAGGCGGUCUCUUCUUCAGAAAUCAGCUGGUUUCUUGUAAGCCUUGGUAAGCAUCAGUUUCAGUCAGACUGCGCUGGUUUUAGUUCCUAAUUCUCUGCAAACAUAAUCUAUUUUGGUUAUCACAUGGGUGAGGCGCCAGACGCACCUCACAUAAGUCACAGAAAAAUAUUGUUCUGUACAUUAUUUAUCAGACUAUAACCUAUGAGUAAAUGAAUAAUGAAAAUAAUGACAACUGUAACAUGUUGAAAUAUACUCAUCAGUUGUUAAUUACAUUUGAUAUUUGCAGGAGCCCCGGGGUCCCACGGGUGAAAGGAUCUUGUCCUGUGGUGGUGGUGCUUCUUCAUUCAGUGCCGUGUAACACUCAGAGUGUGUGAAUAAAGUGCACAUUUACGCACUUGGCAGAUGCUUUUAUCCAAAGUGACUUAAAUUGCUUUAUCCUAUACAUUAAUACAUAGGCAUGUGCAAUCCCUGGGAUCGAACCCACAACCUUGCGUUGUUAACGCAAUGCUCUUACCACUGAGCUACAGGAAAGCUAUUGGUUACAGUUCCACCUUUGGGAGCCCCAGCCCUGUGGUUUUUUUUAAUUUAUUCAAAUUAGUUUGUCUACUUUGUGUUCUCUGCUUUCUUAUGGAGUGGUGGUGCUGUUGGCGUCCUCUAUUAAUUGACUGUCUAGCAUAUUUUUUUAUCAAUAAAGAUGUGUAUUUUUAUAUUUACCCACGUCUCAUGCCUACCCCUUUUGAGGGACUGAACUUGUGUGUCUUACAUGGUUUAAAGUAUUUUCCCUGGGUGCAAGUCCUGGGGUGGCGUAGUCGGGUUCUCUAAUUGUUUAAAGCUUGGGCUUGUGUCCCAAACUGGUACCGCUGUCACGUGUUUGAAACCCUCUUGAAGUUAAUGUUAAAAACAACAUGCAUGACAUUUUGUUACGAGCGUAACCUACAACUCCAUCUGAUGUUUGUCUUCACACAGUUAAGAUGUAACAAAUGUUUCUUUUCCUAUAAAAGUCUUUGUUUCUUUAUUUUAGAUGUAUUCCAGCUUCGGUAAAUUAAAAGUCAAAUUCAUGUGCAAAUGUAAUGGAGCAAAUGUAAAUGUCUAUGUUGGCUCCUCAUAGAGAAACCUAUCUAUCUUUAAAGGUUCUAUACAGCAACUUUGUCAAAUGGUGCUAGAACCAUUUACAGUUGUCUAUAAUUAACAUUCAAAAAAAUAAAUGUAUGCGAAGACCUUGUAUUACCAAAAUAUUUGAAAUGUAUAUGUGAAUAUGUUCUGUUAAUAGUGACUUUGUUUUAUAAUAAGUAAACCUUUCAAGGGAUAUUUUGUACCAGGGAAUUAAGAGGGAAAGUAUGCAAGUACCCAUAAUUGAAUAUCUUUGACCAAACCUGUUUACAGUGAUUGGUUUCUGUUUCGGUUUUUACUGAAAACAGUGUUUGAUUACUGACGGCAACAGGCUUGUCAUAGGCAUGUGAUGAUGGUGAGUGUAUACGUGACACAUUAUCGUCUCCAACACAGUCUCAAACAAACAUCACCGAUUUCACAUCAUCUGUUCUGAAGUCAGUAGCAUGCUCAUCUUUUCUCUCCUCUGCUUAUCCUCCUUCAUUUUGAAUGGUGCUGGUAAUGCAGAGGAAGGGACGUCAGUGUCAGCGACUGUAGGACAUUCUGUCACUCUACACACUGAUGUCAUCAAACACAGAGAUGAUCUGAUCGUGUGGUAUUAUGGGUCUGAACACACUGUUAUUGCCAGAAUCAACGGAAAGGCUGGAAGCACCAUGUUAACUGACGACGAGCGAUUCAAAGACAGACUGAAACUGAAUCAUCUGACUGGAGAUCUGACCAUCACACACCUCACAUCUCAUCACUCUGGAGUCUAUAAACUUAAGAUCAGCAGAAACCGUAAACCCUCCUACAAGACGUUCAGUGUCACUGUCGAUGGUGAAGUGAAGUCAGCGACUGAGGGACAUUCUGUCACUCUACACACUGAUAUUGUCAAACACAGAGAUGAUCUGAUCGUGUGGUAUUGUGGGUCUGAACACACUGUUAUUGCCAGAAUCAACGGAAAGGCUGGAAGCACCAUGUUAACUGACGACGAGCGAUUCAAAGACAGACUGAAACUGAAUCAUCUGACUGGAGAUCUGACCAUCACACACCUCACAUCUCAUCACUCUGGUGUCUAUAAACUUAAGAUCAGCAGAAACCAUAAACCCUCCUACAAGACGUUCAGUGUCACUGUCGAUGAUCAGAUUCUGGACUUUCCUGGCAUCUUGAAUAAAAUCUCUCCUCGUUUUUCCUCUGAAAGACCAUCACAUGUCAAACAUUUUGCAAAAGAUUUUACUGCCAAUGUGGUCACUUUUAGUGGUGCUUCCAAAGCAAAGCAUCACUGUUUUCAUCCUGCAUACUUACUCUUUUACUUUUUCUGGACAAAAUUUGGCAUGUGACUAAUACGCACCACAGACAGAGGUGGGUAGAGUAGCCAAUAUCUUUACUCAAGUAAAAGUACAAGUAACUAGAGAAAUUGUUACUCAAGUAAAAGUAAAAAAGUAUGAAAUGAAAAAACUACUCAAGUAGCUAGUUACUUACUUUGUAUCUGAUUAUAUAGGCCUACUACAUUAAAUUAAUAUUAACGCCAAUAUUUUAAUAUUACAUUUUAAUCAACAUUUUUAAUUAUCAUAAGCAGAUAUCUUUGCAAUAUACUAGAGAGACUAAAGAAUAGACAAACACAGAAGAGACGAGCAUUUCUGUACAUUUCAUCUAGUCCUGAUGUCAAUGUAGUUUACACAACUUAUUUAGAAUAAUAGACCAUAAAAA